UGAAUGCUCUAAAAAACGUAAAAGAGUCUAAACACUUGUUGCGGGAAACAAAAUCAACUGAAUGUUAGAUAUGUGUAGGGAAAAAAUAUUGGUGUUAGCAUUAUUUUCCAUUUAUUUCACAUCAGCCGUAGAUGCGAAUGGAUCAUUUCCUGCGCUUUUGGCUUUUGGAGAUUCAAUACUUGAUACCGGUAACAACAAUUUUCUUCUGACUUUUAUGAGAGCAAAUAUCUGGCCAUAUGGGAGAAGCUACACAAUGAAAGUGCCCACGGGAAGAUUUGGAAAUGGAAGAGUUUUCUCCUAUAUAAUUGCCGAGGGUUUGGGGAUAAAAAAAACUUUACCAGCUGCUCGUAAGUUUUUCAUUGCUCCAAGCGACCUCAAAACUGGUGUUUGUUUCGCUUCAGGUGGUGCAGGAGUUGACCCUGUUACAUCUAGACUAAUGAGAGUUUUAAAGCCGAGCGACCAAAUAAGUGAUUACAAAAAGUACAUAAUGAAGCUAAAGGUCGUAGCUCCUACACAAGCAAGUUCGAUCAUUGCAAACGCAGUGUAUCUUGUUUCUCAAGGAAAUAAUGAUCUUGGAAUCUCGUUUUUUAUGACUCGAUCUGCAUUCAUGCGAGGAUAUGUGACGAGUGGUUUGUACACCACUAGACUAACUAGUUGGAACAAAAAAUUUAUGAAACAAAUGUAUGAUCAAGGAGCCAGAAAAUUCGCAGUGAUGGGAGUGAUACCGUUGGGAUGUUUGCCUAUGACAAGAGUCUUCGGUAGGUGUAACUUGUUCGGAAAUAUGUUAGCUGAAAGGUACAACGGAAAAUUGAGGAAUGGUGUUAAAACUUGGCCAAGCGAAGCCGGUUUUCGUGGUGCAAAGUUUGUCUAUGUCGACAUGUUCGGCACUCUUAUGGAUGUCAUGAAAAAUUAUAGAAAAUACGGAUUUAGUAAUGCGAACAAUGGGUGUUGUUGUAUGCCUACAGCGAUAAUACCUUGCAUAAAUCCUCAUAAUCAUGUCUUUUAUGACUUUGUUCAUCCCUCGGAGAAAGCCUACAAAACCAUUUCCAAAAGGCUGGUCCAGGAUAUCAAGAAAGGCCUUGCCUAGUUUCAGUCUUACGAUCCUAUAUUGUUGUAAUCUUUCUAGCCAACAACGUACCAAAUUAAACAAUAAUAAACAAUCAACAUCGUUAAUUAAUUAUAUAUUUAUGAGCAUACAUGAUGACCUAUUGAUAAUCUUCUUAUUACAAAAAGGGGUGUAUAUUCUAGUUAUGUAUUGUUCAUGUAUAAACAUAAUUUCAGAUCAAGGUGUUUGUUUACAAUG